GGAAACGCGCGCGGCCGGCGGGAGGUGGUGCGCGGCGCCGUGGAGGCACCAUGGCCGGGAUUCUUUUCGAGGACAUUUUUGACGUGAAGGACAUCGACCCCGAGGGCAAGAAGUUCGACCGCGUGUCCCGCCUGCACUGUGAGAGCGAAUCCUUCAAGAUGGAUCUCAUCCUGGAUGUGAACAUCCAGAUCUACCCUGUGGACCUCGGGGACAAAUUCCGCCUGGUCAUUGCCAGCACCUUGUAUGAAGAUGGCACCCUGGAUGAUGGCGAGUAUAACCCCACGGACGACAGGCCAUCCAGGGCAGACCAGUUCGAGUACGUGAUGUAUGGCAAGGUGUACAGAAUCGAAGGGGAUGAGACUUCCACGGAGGCAGCCACGCGUCUCUCUGCCUACGUGUCCUACGGGGGGCUUCUCAUGCGGCUGCAGGGAGACGCCAACAACCUGCAUGGGUUUGAGGUGGACUCGCGAGUUUACCUGCUGAUGAAGAAGCUGGCCUUCUAGGAAACUGCCUCCAUGGGCUGCCCCAGAGACGUUCCACUGGCGAGCAAACAGGAGCCCCGUAACAUCAAAUCCUGCACCAGCACCUAUGCUGCCUGGCUUUUCAGAGCUGGAGGAGGACAGGACAGUCCCCUUCAUCAUCUCAGGCUCCUCUGACUCCUCCUGGGCUCCCCAGCCUGCUCUGGCACAGAGAGAGGUGCCUGACAUCCAGAGACUACGGGGUGCUCUACAGUCCUGCCUCCUGGGCGUCUCAUCCACCCUCUGACUUCCUGUGCUUCAAAAGCAGCUGGACUGGACAGCCACCUAUCUGCCUUGGGGCUGGGGUUCAGUU